AGACUCAGCAGCAAAGGCUGACAGUCCAUUGAAGAGAGACUGGCUUGGGAGACCAUCUCUCUAAGCCUUACCUGCUCUACCUCUCUCUGUGUGUCUCUCUCCUCCCCCUCUUUCUCUUUCUCUUUAUUCUCUACUGCUGGGAACUGUUCUUUAGUUAUUUUGAAGGAAAGAAGUUUGGAGUGGAUCAAUAUGGCGCAGUGAUGCCCCAGUUACUCUCCUUUCUUAUAUUUCGUUCAGAUACACUCAACUAUUAACUUAUUCCCUCCUCCUCCUUUUGAAAGGACACAGUUAUGGUGACUAUUCAUCAGCCACCAGCUCACAGCUUCAACUCAUGUUCAGCUCUUCUUGGUUGGCCGUCCUUUCGUCCUCCCUCCCCCUCUCCUCCUCCUCUUCCUUUCUCUCCUUCUCCUUCUCCUUGUAUGUCCUCGUUACCUUUUAAUUGUACACUUGCCGUUGAAUUGAGUCACCCCAUUGGUUACGGAUCCUUUGGUGUUGUCUGGUCUGUCAAGAACCCAAGGACUGGUGGUCUGUCAGCUUUAAAGAGGAUACCGCGAGUGUUCCAGUCCCUCUUGUCCUGUGUACGUACCUUUAGAGAGAUAAAGAUGCUCUGUGAACUGAAACAUGACAAUAUAUUAUCAGCCAUUGAUUUCAUUAAACCAGACAAUAUGGAAGAAUUCAGUGACAUUUAUGUAUUAACUGAUCUAAUGGAGACUGACCUACAUCACAUCAUAAUCUCACCUCAGCCAUUGACUGAAGAUCACAUUAAGCUAUUCUUAUAUCAACUGUUGAGAGGUGUCAAGUACCUUCAUUCCGCUGGUAUCAUUCACAGGGACCUUAAGCCAGGGAACCUUCUCGUCAAUAGCACCUGUCUCCUUCGUAUUUGUGACUUUGGGUUUGCACGAGCAGUAGAGGUCAACCCACGGACCCCGAUGACCCUGGAGGUGGUGACCCAGUAUUACAGGGCACCUGAACUCCUGGCAGGGUGUCAGCAGUAUGGACCAGCUAUUGAUAUGUGGGCUAUUGGUUGUAUCGUGGGGGAGCUACUGGGUCGGAAAAUAUUGUUCAAGGGUUCUGAUGCAGAUUCACAAUUAGACCUCAUCCUAGAGUUACUGGGGACCCCCUCGGCUCCUGAUAUCAGUCACAUCUCUUCUCCUGUCUCCAGGAAGCGGUUGCUAUCGGUUACUCGUCCUAACACAAUGCAAGAGGUACUGUAUCAGCUCUCCCCCAAUGCUUCCCACGGUGUGGUCCACCUACUGAGCAGGAUGCUGGUCUUUAAUCCUUACAAGAGGAUCAGCUGUCAUGAUUCCUUGUCUCAUCCUUACAUUGAUGAAGGACGGGUCAGGUUUCAUUCCUUCCUGUGCAGCUGUUGCUACACUUUCCAUGGGAUGAGGCAAUACUCCAGUGAGCUGGAGCCUAGUGCCAGCAGCACCUUCAACCAGAAAUAUGAGAAAGAACUGACUAGUAUUCACACUGCCAAAGCUCAUAUAUUUGCAUAUGUCUCCAGUGUCAAUGCUCAUUUGCCAUCUCUACAAAUUAAUCAAAAUUCUGAUCAAUAUCAAAAAUUUCUGAGUUAUUGCCCAGGAUCAGGCCCCGCCCCUGACAAUUAAUGAUAACUACACAGGUUACACUCAAUACUCGCCACUAACUGUCAUUCAAUUAUAGGAGUUAUUAUUAUUAUUAUUAUUAUUAUUAUUAUUAUUAUUAUUGAUUAUUAUUAUUGAUUAUUAUUAUUAUUAUUAUUAUUAUUAUUAUUAUUGAUUAUUAUUAUUGAUUAUUAUUAUUAUUAUUAUUAUUGAUUAUUAUUAUUAUUAUUAUUAUUAUUGAUUAUUGAUGACUAUCAGUAUUAUAAAGAGUAUUGUUGACCAUAUUUGAUCAUUAUUGGUUGGUUGUGUUAUUAUUAUUAUUAUUAUUAUUAUUAUUAUUAUUCUUGUGGUAGCUCUCUUCUUCAUUUGCAAGUGUUUCAUGUUUAUUGUCUCGCCAUUAUCACAAGCGCUUAAUUAUUAUAAGCAUGUGUUAUUAUUAUUAUCAUUAUUAUUAUUAUUAUUAUUAUUGUUGUUGAUGUUAUUCUCAUGUUAGUUUCUUUUAAAUCUUAA